CCUAGGUUUCCCACGGCCGUGAAGGCAGCACCGCCCUUUGGAAACGAGUCCGCCUCGGCUGCGUGGGGAGCCGGUGUGGGUGCAGCGGAGGACUCACCUAUAAAAGCAGGGAUCCCACGGACGGACGAGCUCGUCUCUCAGGCGCCGCUCGGAGGAUCCAGACCCAGACCGUCCCAGUCUAUGGUUGUGACUGACGCUCCUACCAGGAUGUCCCGGUCCGACGAGGUGCACCGUAUAACGGAGAACGUGUACAAGUCCAUCAUGGAGCAGUUCAACCCCUGCUUGAGGAACUUCAUAGCCAUGGCCAAGAGCUACGAGAAGGCGCUGAGCAGUGUCACAUAUGCUGCAAAGGGCUACUUCGACGCUCUGGUGCGGAUGGGCGAGAUGGCCAGCGAAAGUCAAGGCUCUAAGGAUGUUGAAGAGGCAGCAUGGGAGGUGCUCUUUCAGAUGGCUGAGGUCCACAGACAGAUCCAGAUCCAGCUUGAAGAGAUGCUGAAGUCUUUCCACAACGAGCUGCUCACUGAGCUGGAGAAGAAGGUGGAACUGGACGCUCGCUACCUGAAUGCUGCGCUCAAGAAGUACCAGAUGGAGCACAAGAGCAAAGGGGAGAGUCUGGAGAAGUGCCAGGCGGAGCUGAAGAAGCUGCGCAGGAAGAGCCAGGGCAGCAAGCACCCCUCCAAGUACGGAGACAAGGAGAUGCAGUUUGUGGAGGCCAUCAGCAACAAGCAGAGCGAGCUGGACAGCUACAUCGCUGAGGGCUACAAGAACGCUCUGUCUGAGGAGAGGAGGCGCUACUGCUUCCUGGUGGACCGGCAGUGCGCCGUGGCCAAGACCGGCUCGGCCUAUCACAGCAAGGGGAAGGAGCUCUUAUCCCAGAAGGUCCCGGUGUGGCAGCAGGCGUGUGCUGAGCCCAACAAGCUGCCGGACCGCGCCAUGUUUCUGGCUCAGCAGAUGAGCGGCGCCGCCGGCGCCCACCAUCCGGGCCUGCCCAUGUCUGAGCCCGUCCCCGGUGCCAAACCCCUGCCGGUGCCUCCAGAACUGUCCGCUCUCAGGGCCGGCGGCGCUCUGGGACAGCAGAGGCUGAUGGAGGGAGGCCUGCCGGUGAUGAACGGCAGCGCCGGCGCCCACGGAGGAGAGGACUACCAGCAGUGGAUGGAGAGCAAGGUGGCCCAGGGCAAGGCCUCGCCGCAGGCCCAGCGGCACGGCGCCGAGGUCUACUCCAACACCCUACCGGUCCGCAAGGCCGCGCCUGCGAAGGGCAAGGCCCCGCUGACAGAGACCCGUACGCUGCCCCGGUCCAGCUCCAUGGCCGCUGGGCUGGAGCGGAACGGGAGAACCCGGGUCCAGGCCAUCUUCUCCCACGCCGCCGGCGACAACAGCACCCUGCUGAGCUUCUCUGAGGGCGACGUCAUCACCCUGCUGGUGCCUGAGGCCCGUGACGGCUGGCACUACGGCGAGAGCGAGAAGACCAGGAUGCGCGGCUGGUUUCCCUUCUCCUACACCAGGGUGAUCACCGACAGCGACGGUGACUCCACGAGGCAACUGCGAGUGCACAACCUCCACCACGGGAAGAGCAGCAGCACAGGAAACCUCCUCGAGCGGGACGACAUGACUGCGCCCGGCCCCGAAUACGGGGUCCAGACCCGCAUGGCGGCGCCGACGGCUGCGGCGCUGCACGGCAGGCAGCAGCGCCCCUACAGCGUGGCCGUGCCCGGAUUCCCACAGCAGGUUGAAGAGUACGAGCCUCGCUUCCCCACCAGCUCCACAGAGGGCAAAUUGAUCUCGACAGUGUGAGGACAGACAGACAAAGAGCACAGACUCAGAUGAUGCAAUAGGACAGGCGCCGGUCCGUUCCUCCCCCCGGUCCUGCCUCCCUCCCUCCUGCUUAGGAAGCGGCUCGGACCUGUACCUCCCCCGUGUUGUUCCACCCACCUCCCCCGCCUCCCGCCUCCUGCUGUGUAACUGGUGGUGAGGCGUCGGUGCAUCAGACCGAACAGAACGACUGUGUGCCGUCCGCGUGUUCAAAGUCAUGUGAUGGACCGUUCCUCUGAGGACAUUGUGUCUUUGCUUGUCUUUCGUGCAUGUACAUUCCUCUGUCCUGUCGCCACACGAGGAACGACGCUGUGAAGGAUGUUCAUAUAUCAGGCUGGAACCUAAAGAAGACUUUCAUUGCACUCACUACUUUACACAAUCAUUUGAGCUUUUCUUCAUUUCCUCUGAGACUAGAGCCCAUGUGUCGCAGUAGUGCAGAGUGCUGGUGUAAACCUGAGGGGAAUGUUUCCUGUACAUAUGUGAGUAUCUGUGAUCCAAGCGGCACCUUUUGAAGUAUUAGUCUGUGAUGUAGUUUGUGUCCUGCAGCAUCUCUGUGGAGGGAACCUGUCCACCCUGGUGCUUGGGCUCCUUUCACCUUUCUGUGGUGUGUGACUGUCAUUCCAAGGCUGAAUGGGGUCGACUGAACCUUCACACUGGGUUUAGUGUGGACAUUCACAUAUGAAGUAACUCCCAGCAGCUGUUGUGUUUAUUGUGAGGUGAGACAGAGAAGCUGAGCCCCAGUUGUCCAGUGUACAGAAUUCUGGUGUGUGGCCUUAAAGGGUUGAGGAGUUUGAUGGCUGUAAAACCCCAUUCAGCCUUCUGUACUCUUGUCUUCGCAUAUAAAGGGUCAUUUUGAAACUUCCAGAAAAAAAACAUGAAUCAUGUGUUAAAACUGCAGGAACUGUUUGUCAGAUUCUCUUUGUAUAAUAAAGAAGCUGGUCUACUUG